AGUGGCGCUUGCGGGAUGGCGGAGCCGGCGGACUAUCCCCCGUUCCAGCUGGGGAAGCCCCGCUUCGAGCAGAGCUCAUUUUAUGGCAGAUUCAGGCACUUCCUGGACAUCAUUGACCCCCGCACUCUCUUUGUGACUGAGAGCCGCCUGAAGGAGGCAGUGCAGCUGCUGGAGGAUUACAAACACGGCACUCUGCCCCCAGGAGUCACCAACAAACAGCUGUGGGGAGCUCAAAAAAUCAAACAGGCCAUCAUCCACCCCGACACCAACGAGACCAUCUUCAUGCCUUUCCGCAUGUCAGGUUACAUUCCCUUUGGAACCCCCAUUGUUGUUGGUCUCCUCUUGCCCAACCAGACCCUGGCCUCCACUGUGUUUUGGCAGUGGUUGAACCAGAGCCACAACGCGUGUGUGAACUAUGCAAACCGCAACGCGAGCAAGCCUUCUCCGACAUCCAAGUUCAUCCAGGGCUACUUGGGAGCUGUCAUAAGUGCUGUCUCAAUAGCAGUGGGCCUUAAUGUUCUGAUCCAGAGAGCCAACAAGUUUACCCCAGCCACUCGGCUGCUGAUCCAGAGGUUUGUGCCAUUCCCCGCUGUCGCCAGUGCCAACAUCUGCAACGUGGUCCUGAUGAGGCACACGGAGCUGGAGGAGGGAAUCGAUGUGUUGGACACUAAUGGGAACAUCGUCGGCUCUUCCAGAGUUGCUGCCAAACACGCCCUGCUGGAAACAGCCCUGACCAGAGUGGUCCUGCCCAUGCCUAUACUGGUUCUACCUCCCAUCAUCAUGUCCGUGCUGGAGAAGACGUGGCUGCUGAGGUGCCGGCCCCGGAUGCUGCUCCCGGUGCAGAGCCUCGUGUGCCUGGCUGCCUUUGGGCUGGCCCUGCCCCUGGCCAUCAGCCUCUUCCCGCAGAUGUCCGAGAUCGAGACGUCCCAGCUGGAGCCAGAGAUCGCCAUGGCCACCACCAGUAAAACUGUGGUCUACAACAAAGGGUUGUGAGUGGAAGAGGAGCAUCCCAACCCAGAAGGUCUGGGGAGGGAAGAGGGGAAGCUCCAGCCCUGGGAGAAAGCAAACAACAACAACGAGAAGAAGAUGAAAUAAUAGAGCUCAGUGAUAGGAGCUGCUCCCAGCAGCCCGGGAGUGAAUUAACACCUGCACAGAACUGACACCUCACACCACUCAAAAAGAUUCAUAUUAAAAGUUUUAACUUAGCAACAGGAGCAGCAACUACAACAAAUAAAAUCACGUUGAACCACUUUAGAA